AUUCGUAUUGACGUGUAAAGCGAACUGUCAAAAUCGUGUAAUAAUUCCAUUUGUUUCGAAAGAAAUAAAUAAUGAGAAGGAAAAAAUAAAAGGAGAGUGUGAAAAUAUCGUUGAAUGUGGUUGAUUAAUUUAGUUUAUAGAAUAUAUAAUAGAGGACUAUUAAACUAAAUAAAGAUGGUGUUAAUGACUAUGAUCGCCCGGGUCGCGGAUGGCCUGCCUUUAGCAGCAACAAUGCAAGAAGAUGAACAGAGCGGCUGCAAUAUCCUGGAGUAUCAAAACCAAGCCAAAAUGCUGUUUAGGAAGUUAAGCCCACAAUCUCCCGUUCGCUGCUCCAUUGAAACUGGCCCUUAUCUAUUCCACUAUUUGAUAGAGAAUGAAAUAUGUUACCUGGUGCUCUGUGAAAGGAAUUACAGUAAACGACUAGCAUUCAGUUAUUUAGAAGAAAUCGCACAAGAGUUCUGCCAACAGUACGGCAAGAGGGUGAACACAGUGACCCGCCCGUACACGUUCAUCGAGUUCGACACGUGGAUGCAGCGCGCGCGCAAGCAGUACGCGGAGGGCGGCGCGCGCGCCCGCCGCGCCGCCGGCGCUGCCUCCCAGCUCGGCGGCCAGCUCGGCGACGUGCAGCGUAUCAUGAUGCAGAAUAUCGACGACGUGCUGCAGCGCGGCGCGGUGCUGUCCGAAUUGGACACCAAAACGCAGAAUCUGUCAAUGAUGUCGCAGAAAUACAAGAAGGACGCGACCUACCUCAACACCAAGUCGAUGCUGGUGAAGGCGACCGCCGGCGUAGUGGUUGUGCUCGUUUUUGUUCUGUACUUCUGGAUACUGUAGGUUCGAUAAGCGUCAGUGGAUUUGUAGCCAACUUGAAUUUUUUAAAAUAAAAAUGAUAUUAGGUACACAUGUGACAUUUUUUUUUUUACAGCACAUGGGAAUUAGCGUUACUUGAUUAUGAGUAAUUUUUUUUUAUGAGGACCGCUUCUAGUCUGACCACUGAUAAAUUGUUAAAUUGUUGUAUAUUUAUUAAAAUUUUCUAGCAGUCCACUGACUUAGUGAAAAAUAAUAUACUAUUUAUGAUUCAUCUCAUUGACUGAACCUAACUUUAUCCUAAAUGAUGUUAAGGAAAGUUUAUUAAAUGCAUUCCAUCAAACACUACCACGGUUUCUUCCACAAAUGAUUAUUUUGCAACAUUUAUCACUUUAAAAGAAAAAGACAUGCGACAAGAGUAAAUAAAACCAUAAGUAUUAGAAAAUAGUAUUUUAUCAUAGUGUAUGUUACAGUUAAAACCCGUUUUCCGUUGGAACGCAUUUUUCCUAGUUAUAACUAGUUGUAACUAGAAUAAAGUGAAAUUAUAUUUUGAUAAAAAUAUGUAAUACGCUACCACGCCACGCUCGCUUCGCUCGCUUGGCACGUGUGGUAGUUCUUAUACAACCUUACACGACCGUUUCUUCUGUAUAUAUGCAAGUAGACGAUAUUAAAUGAGAUGAUAGAUGUAAAUUGAGUAAUAACAUAAUAACAAGUCGAAAAAAAAGAUGAUUUAAUAAUUUAAAUGUUAAAGACAUUAAGAAAAUAAAGUGUAUUAUAGUUUUAAACGCGCUUUUCCCUAGAUGUAACUAGUUGUAACAUAUAAUAACAACUAGUUUCAACUGGGAAAGCCGGGAUCUUCAUACCGGAAAAUGGCUUUUAACAUUAACAUAUAUUAUGCAUAACUCAUUUCGAUACUGAAGCCUACAAAAUGUAAAUCAAACAAACUGUAGCUGUAUAUACGUUAUAAAUAAUAACUUCUAGAUUGUAGAACAUGCCAAAAUUGUAAAUGAAAUUGUAAUUUAUAUAUAAGUAAUAUUGUUUUGGUGUGAUAUAUGAAUUGAAGCAUGUGUCACAAUAUCUAUAUAUAUACAAUAAACUGUAUAUAUUUUUGAAAUUUGUCAAAAACAUGUUACUAUUUGUACUUUAUCUUGCUUUAUAAUCAUUUGUCAUGACCAUACAUAUAAAAAAUAUAAAUAAGUUGACAAAGCACAGCGCAAGUUGCAAGUAAUGGCUUGGUGGUGAAAGUUAUGCCCAAUUAUUUUUAUAUCCUGAAUGGAGGGUGGGGGAAUGUUGUAAAUGUUUACAUCUCUUGUUAUUAAAUGUAUUUAUUUAAGAUAUAAUAAAUGCCUUCUUUUCAA